AUGAACCAGACACCAAUCUACACUAACAAUCCAGAUCAACCAGCUUACGGUCAGCCAAUUUAGCAAUAACAUCAAACAGCCCAUCAUGAUGAUCACCAUCACGACAAGCACCACUACCAUUACGAAAGUCAUGAAACUUGCUGCUGUUGCGUCUCAAUCAGAUCGGCACCAAGAAUUAUAGGCGCUCUUGACAUCGUCUACUUCAUAUUCAAGGCUUGGAAUGUUAUCAAGUACAGAAAUAUCCCAGCAAUCUUUUACGGAGAUCUCUUAAUCGUCCUCCUUAUUUGCAUUCCCAGAAUAGUUGCCUUCUACUUCUACUAAAAGAAUCACCCACAUCACACUAAGCAUCUUGAUACUUACAUUAAAGCAAGAUUCUACACUCUCAUGGCAAUGCUUGCUGAAGUUGUGAUAAUCUCUAUCAUUUUGUUCGGUUUUUCAUCAGACGUUAAGAACUCAGGAACCGAUGAUGACAGCAAAGAAUUAGCAUCUGCUGGUUCUUCAAUCAUAAAUGCUUUCAUUGUAGCCUUCUACAUCGUUCCUCAGUGCAUCUUCAUGUCUUUCGAUCUCUAUUACUCAUGUGCUCUUAAAAGAGCAAAGGCUGAAAUUGAUAGAGAUGAAAACAGACAGCCACUUAAUCACGUAUGA